GGCAGGUAUAAGGACAAACCACUUCACUACCCUGCAACAGUAACAUCAACAACAUUCACUACCUGACGGAUAUCAGUUGGACUAUCUUAGUGGAUUUUAUUUAUCUUCUUCAGAAGUUGACUGAAGAUUCUCCUAUUGACACGCACUAAAGAUAACAUGGGAUGGAUGAUUUAACAACAAGAAAGAGAAACCACUCAGGAGGAAGCUCCGGGGGAAAGGUUGUGACAGAAACUACAACCUCAACAAGUAGAUUAGUAUCUUUACCUCCAAAGGGUGGCAGUGGAUCAAAAAGUAGUACCCACAKGACUAUGUCCAGCAAUGCUGGAGGCCUGUGGUUGGAAAAGAACAUUUUAACCCAGAACAGCAGUGGAACUAACUUUUCCUCAUCUUCUGUGGGUGUCAAUGUCGGAGGAUCCAGCUCCUCAUCAGGGUUCUACAUGGGGGACUACUCUGAGGGUGGUGGAGAUGGUGGAGGGGGAGUGGAGGUGGGGGUGGCUCAGGCUAUGGAGGAGUGUAUGGAGGAAGCCCCGGGUCAAAGGUAA